CGUUGCUGGGCUCGGGCUGCCUGGCUGGGACUGAGGCAAGCGGCCGCCCUGGGGAAGGAGCGCUGGCGGAAGCGUCGCUGCGGAUUUUUUCCCCUUCCAGAGACGCGCGGCCGGGGAUGUGACAGGCAAAGGUGAAGAAUGCACACAGAAUUCAACAACCAGUGUUUUAAGACAAGCAAGAGAUUUAUGGCAAGAGGUGCAGCAAGAAAUAAUAUUGAACCUGCCUUGAAAUACUUUACCCAUAAGUGCCAAGCAAAUCUGACAAGGAUCUAGUUGGGAGCCAGUACAUAGAUAGAAGAGAGCAUUCUUUUGUAUUUAAAUAUAAAACUACGACAUCAGCCAUUCAACAACAGAUCCUGGUGCUUUCUACAUCUUUGAAUUACAAUCUUUGAAACUGAUACAUUGCUUACCUUGCUUAGAAAUCCUCAAAUUACAUAUACAGUAAAUGGAACAAAACUGUUAUUGUUCACUAAAAUAACUGAAUGUUAAAACACUUGCCAAAAUGAGUGCAGAAGGAUACCAGUACAGGGCUUUAUAUGAUUACAAAAAAGAACGAGAAGAAGACAUUGACUUGCGCUUAGGAGAUAUUUUAACUGUGAAUAAAGGUACUUUAGUUGCCCUUGGAUUCAGUGAAGGGGAAGAAGCAAAACCUGAAGAAAUUGGUUGGUUGAAUGGCUUUAAUGAAACUACUGGAGAAAGAGGGGACUUCCCAGGAACUUAUGUAGAGUACAUUGGAAGAAAAAAAAUUUCUCCCCCAACUCCAAAGCCUCGCCCUGUUCGACCCCUUCCAGUUGCACCAAGUCCUGCAAAAAUAGGAACAGACAGUGAUCAACCAGCUUUUACACUUCCAGAUCUUUCCGAACAGUUUUCACCCCCUGAUAUUGCCCCACCGGUCCUUGUCAAGUUAGUGGAAGCCAUUGAAAGGAAAGGAAUGGAGUGUUCAACAUUGUACAGAGCACAAGGGUCAAGCAACAUUGUGGAAUUAAAACAAAUUACUGAGUGUGAUGUUUCAACAGUGGAUUUUGAUUCCAUUGACGUGCAGAUUUUAUCAGAUGCUUUGAAGAGGUACUUUCUGGACCUGCCAAAUCCUAUAAUUCCUGCAUCUGUUUACAGUGAAAUGAUUUCCACAGCACAAGAAGGGCAAAACUUAGAGGAAUCUGCUGAGGUGCUAAAGCGGCUCAUCAAAUCAUCUAAUACACCUCAACAGUAUUGGCUUACUCUCCAAUAUCUGCUCAAACAUUUCUCCAGACUCUGUCAGAAUUCUACCAAAACUCUCUUGAAUGCGAGAUCAUUGGCUGAAAUUUUUAGCACUCUGCUUUUCAGGUCCCAAGUAGCAAGCUCUGACAGUGUUGAACACCACAUUAAGAUCUUGGAACUAUUAAUUGCAAGUGAAUUGAAUGAGCGACAACCUGCACCAGCACUUCCUCCUAAACCUCCAAAGCCUAAUACUGUAACAAAUAACGGUAUGAAUAACAACAUGUCUCUGCAAGAUGCUGAAUGGUACUGGGGAGAUAUCUCGAGGGAAGAAGUAAAUGAGAAGCUUCGCGACACUGCUGAUGGUACCUUCUUGGUACGAGAUGCCUCCACCAAAAUGCAUGGGGACUAUACUCUUACAUUACGAAAGGGAGGAAAUAAUAAAUUAAUUAAAAUAUUUCAUCGAGAUGGAAAAUAUGGGUUUUCUGAUCCAUUAACGUUCAAUUCUGUGGUUGAGCUAAUAAACCACUACCGGAACGAGUCUUUAGCGCAGUAUAAUCCAAAAUUGGAUGUUAAAUUGCUUUAUCCAGUAUCCAAAUAUCAGCAGGAUCAGGUGGUUAAGGAGGACAGUAUUGAAGCAGUGGGAAAGAAAUUGCAUGAAUAUAACAUCCAGUUCCAAGAAAAGAACAGAGAGUAUGACAGGCUGUAUGAAGACUACACAAGAACUUCUCAGGAAAUUCAAAUGAAAAGAACUGCCAUCGAGGCAUUUAAUGAAACCAUAAAAAUAUUUGAAGAGCAGUGCCAAACACAAGAAAGAUACAGCAAAGAAUACAUAGAAAAAUUUAAAAGGGAGGGGAAUGAAAAGGAAAUACAAAGAAUUAUGCACAACUAUGAAAAACUGAAAUCUCGAAUCAGUGAAAUUGUGGAUAGCCGGCGCAGACUGGAAGAGGAUUUAAAGAAGCAAGCUGCAGAGUACAGAGAGAUUGAUAAACGCAUGAACAGCAUAAAACCAGACCUUAUGCAGCUCAGAAAGACAAGAGAUCAUUAUUUGAUGUGGCUGACUCAGAAGGGUGUGCGGCAGAAGAAAUUGAAUGAAUGGCUCGGCAAUGAAAAUACAGAAGAUCAGUACUCUAUGGUGGAAGAUGAUGAAGAUUUGCCUCAUCAAGAUGAGCGAACAUGGAAUGUGGGAAAUAUCAAUAGAGGCCAAGCUGAAAAUAUACUACGUGGCAAACGAGAUGGAACAUUCCUUGUUCGGGAGAGCAGCAAACCGGGCUGCUAUGCCUGCUCUGUAGUUGUGGAUGGUGAAGUAAAGCACUGUGUCAUCAACAAAACACCUACUGGGUUUGGAUUUGCAGAGCCAUAUAAUUUGUACAACUCACUGAGAGAACUGGUGCUACAUUAUCAACACACGUCGCUCGUCCAGCACAAUGACUCUCUCAACGUCACUCUAGCCUAUCCAGUAUAUGCACAGCAGAGGCGAUGAAGAAGCUAAUACUCUGGGGUUUUUAACUUAAAUGCCCACAAAGAUAACUCAGCAAUCUUGAGGCCUCUGGGUAGAGAAAAUGCUCAUGUGUGAGCGGCACUGUCAAAGCUGUCUGUCUUCAGAUGGGACUGAAGCUUUCUUUGCAACCGCAGCGAGAGAGAUUGCAGUUGAGAGCUGUGAACAUACAUUUCUAAUCUAAAGUGCUUUUAAAAAAAAUAAUGAAGCAAAGGAAAAUGCAGCGAGAGAGAGAGAGAAGUGCUACAACAGUCUCCCUGCAGGGACAUAGAGGCCUUUAACCAUGGUGCUUGUUGACCAUCUCUUUAAACAGCUUUAUGAGCUCAAACAGUGGAACUCUACAGACACACACACACACCCCCGCCCGCCAAGUUCAGCUGGGCCUGCAUAGAUGGCAGUGAAAUUUCUCCAUAGUGACUUGGGCGAUGCAGCUGUGCACAGUGGAUUCAGAUGCCCAGCGUUGUGGAUUGCUGGUGGAUGAUAUGUAGCAGAAUGGCACUUUUCGUUUUCAAGGGACACUUUAAAAAGACUUUUGAUGACAGUAUGUUUAUCGGAGAAACAAACAUGGUAACAGAAGUGCCAGGAAGUGUUUUUGUUUAGACAUUUAAAAUCUGUUUUAAGAAGAUAUUUAAGACUGAAGAAAAAUCUGGACUUUUUACGGCAUACAGUAUAUAAAAUGUACAUAGUACCGGAUGACUAACUAUCAUAGGCGGAUACUGUCACUACCAAGCUCAUUCUGUUUUCCUUCUUUGUUUCGCCAAAAGCUGAAUCCUUAUACUGCUAUGCAAUACUUCAUCUUCUAUAGCCUGCAUUUCAGUUUCAAGUGUAACUAGAGGAUAAGCCUUUUUUCUAGGGUUUUUUUUGUCUCAAAGUGUCCCCUAAACCUAGUAGUCCUUGUGUGUUUUUCAUUUUCCUCAUUCUUUUUUUUUUAAAGAAAUGUAUAGGAUGCCAAUAGAAGUUGGCUUCAAAAUCAAACAUAUAAACUAUUUUACAGGGGGUUAUUUUCCUUUGUAUAUAGUACUGGGCUGCUAGCUCAAGGUUCAAAUUCAUGAUUUCCCUUUUUGACUAAAUAUUUUGUUGGGCAGUGCCUGAUAAGCUUCAAAGCUGCUUUAUUCAAUAAAAAAAAUAUGAACAUUGCGAAGUAUCACUGAGUCCAAAAAUAUUGUUUCAAAAAUAUCUUCAGAUUAUGGUCUCCCACUAUAUUUUAUUCAGAGGGUGUUUUACAUUUCUGUCUUGCUUCUGAUUGUAUUUGGAAGAAGAGAGAUUUACAUUUUAUAAUGAAUGCUGUAGAUAAACAGAUGGAACACACCGGCUACUAGAGUAGUCAAUCUUGACCAACAAUUCUAGACACUGCAUCCAGAUAUUUUUCAUGUCACAUGGAAGAACAGAUUUUUUUUCCUCUGAAUUAUGUGUGCAUAAUAUAUAUAAUAAGGAUAAUUUUAGGAAGCGCUCUUUCUGUGACAUUUUCGUUUGGUAAGAAUUAAAAAUAGGACUAUCAUCUGAAAAGGGCAAUUUUAGAUCAGGUACCAAUGAUAAAAUGUAAUAAAAGAAACAUAAGACCUCAGUGUUGUAUUUACUCAGCCAAAAUCUGCAUUUCUUGAACAACUGAACAUCAUGGAUGUCCUUUAUAUUUUACAGAUAAGCAUUAAGGAACUAGAAGACUGUUUAAUGCAAAUGCAAAAAGAAAAUAGAUCUCAUGGAGGGGCUUUUGAUGGCUUUGACUCCUUUAUGCUUCUUAAAAUGAAGCAGUAAAGACUUCUUGUAGAUAUAACUUCAUUUUGUAACACUAUGAAUAAAUUGGUUUGUUUUAUUAUCAGUGAAGCUGAGAAAGGUUUGUUUAUAGCUACUUUCAUGAGGAAUGUGUUUUGUUUCAUUAUGUGGAAGGAUUUAAUUCAAACCCCUUAAAAACCCAGUGGGGAUUUUGCAGUCCUUAAUAAUGGCUUCAGUGAGAGUUGAGGCCGUGUUCUCCUUCCCCGUUGCACUAGGUUGCCUCAGAAGGAAGUGGGUUUGGAGUCCUUUCAGGGAGCAAAGAUCAGCCCAAACUUAAAUCAGUGUUCUUUAGACCUCAUAUUCUUCCUCACUAGACCUCUCGGUAAUAUAAAAACAUUGUGUUGCAUUAUGAAAUUUGCUCUGUUUUAAUUGUUAUUUUGGCGGCCAAAUUAUUAUUGGUCAUUUGGCAGCAAACAAUUUACAAAUGUAAUAUAAUCCCAAAAGCACUUUGAUAGGGAAAAAAAUUAAAAAGACCCUCCUGCAGAGAAUCUAAAGUGUACAUCAGUCUACACACAGCUAGUUGCCACACUGCCUGCUCUGUUCAUCUGUUUGCAGGGGCAGGAGGACUGUAUCUAGGCCUAUUUGAAUGAGCCAAGGUAAGAUUCAGCUCUUCCUGCCCCGUAAACUAAACACGUGAUCAGCGCUGUUAAAUCUGACAGCAUUGAACAUCUAUUUGGUGCUUUGUAUGUGCUUGCUAAUUCCAAAAGAGGAAUCCCACUUGCAGUCAAGUGCAGGAUACCAAGUUAGAGCCUGGCAAACUGUGCGAGACUCUGCAGUUCCAUCCUGGGCACGGGGACACCCUUCUGAGCCCAUUGAUGUCAAUGGGCAUAGAAGGACGUAACUCUAUUCAGGUUGGCACUGCUAAUACGCAGUUCCAGGACCACUAGCGGAUGAAUGCUUUCUGUACAUGCAUCUCCCGCUGGAUAAGGGCACCAAGAGACAAAACAAAAACUCACGAACUACAAAAGUAACUUUAACAGGGCUGCUGAAAUAUGAAUUGCCAUUUUUAUAUUGUGAUGCGCCUGAAAUGAGUAGAGCUACUACAGACAAAACAAGUUACAGAUUUCUUAACUUGAGGCUUGGGUUCAUGGUGUCUAGUAUACUUUUGUAUAUAUGUAUUUUUGCGUGUGUAAAAAGAAGCGACAGAGAGAAUGAGUUGUUGUUCUAAGUGUAGCUUUGUGCAAAUUUAAAUAUACAGUGAAACUUCUCUUCAGAUUUUGCAUCCAGAUGGCCAGGAGAAAAGGCAAUGGUCUUGAUUGGAUUUUAUUGUCAUAUUACAUCAUUGGUAGGCCCUAGGUUCUUUGUUGCCGUGUGGCAGGGAAAACGUUGUAACCAUAAAACUGAAUUUUAAACUUCCAGUCGCUGGAUGCUUGGAUAACUAGGAGUGUUCUUUACCAUGAGCAUCAAUUCAAUUCCAAUAGCUAGGGCAGUCUUAUCAAUUAAUUUUGAAUUUAAAAGUUUUGUGUCUGUGCAGUGGUCAUACAAAAAAAGAGAGCAUAUUUUAAUAUCUCUAGCCAUUUUUUGAAUGCACACAUAUUCAGAUUUUCUUUGCAAAUGAGGUACUCACUGUUGAAGAGCGACUGGCCAGGAUGCACCUGACUGUUUGAAAGGCAUGAGGAGCUUGGAAAGGUCAUGUUUGUAGAACUUCCUUUUAAUGUGUAAAGCCAAAUUUGUUUUUCACUGUCAGCUGUUGUGUAGAAAAAGUGGCUUUGUCUUGUAAUUAACAAUGAGCUUUGAUGCUUGGAAAAAAUUGUUCUGAUGUUUAUGUUUUUGACGGGGAAGACAUCAGUUAGUUUUUAAUACAGUGCUUUUGCAAUGCAUGGUAUUUGUUUGGGAAAGCAAUUCUUAAGAUGGUUUCUGUUCCGGAUUGCUUUUCAGAACGGGCAGUGCUAAGCACAAUGCCUCCCAUGGGACAUGCUUCAAGAUGCACUAUUCUGCUCUUUUUAACGAAUCAUGAAAGGCUUGAUAUAAAACUAAGAAAAGUGACAUUGCAUGUGUCCCUAUGAGACUGCAUUAGCUGCCCAAGAUGCUGCUAUUUUAAUUUUUCCCCUCAGAAAAUUAAGCUCUAUUCUGUUAAAUAUCUUUACAACAUUAACAUUUAUUUGUUUAUAAUGUGUGUUUUUGUUUUGUUUUUUAGGGAGGGAGUCAGUGGCUAAAUGGGACAGUUAUAAAUUGCCUUUAAAAGGCAAUAUUUUAAAAAUGUGCCUCCUUAAAAAUGUUGGCUUUCUGGAAUUGAUGGAGUAAUGUCCUGGGUUUUUUUUUUAAGUUGCUUUAAAGAAAUUGUAUUAGGUCUUCAAACAGAAUAAAGAUGGUUUUGAAACUGCA